ACCGUCAUGACAUCCCGCCCUCUCUUCUCCAUACAUAACCCCACUCCAAAUCCCGCCACACCGCCCCUGACUGUCCUCUCAUCCCCUCCACUACUAUGUGCACAGACCCGAAGCCCUCCCGCAGGCGCUACUCUCAGCCUCACCACCCCGCCACACAACGCUCCCGUGCCAACUCCCAACUGCCGCCCAUAACCUCAUGUCGCUGCGUCCAGAAAGCUUGGCUAGCCUCCCGCGCCAUCCCUCGUCGCAAAGGCACCUACCUCAUGCCUGGCGCACAGCGCCCUUUGAACGAGGCCAACUUUAAACACGCCAUGACUAUUACACGAGAAUGUGCACUCGACCUGCUCAAAGUCUUGUGGGGCAUACAUCCUUACCGGACAACUCUAAUGUUCUUUCUCAAUAUUCUGCGCGGACUCUCCCCGGCGUUUCGUUGUUAUUCACAGGCUAUGAUUGUCGACGAGCUUCAAUCGUUCAUCACGUCGGACUGUUUCACGUGGUCCCGACUCGUCAGGCUUCUGGUCACAGAAAUUCUGCGCAGAGCAUUCGACGGUUUCCUUGACUCAUUCGCGACAACCAAUGAGAGAAUAGUCCACGACUCCGCCAGGUUCUUUGUCGAAUACCAGCAAGUCGCUCAACGUCUGCGGCUGGACAUACCCACCCUCGCAGAUCCUCACGUUCGCGACUGCCUACAGGAGUCGGACCUAUUCGUGCGCUCAUUCAAUGGUAUGGGCGGCUUUGGUCUUCUCUCCCCAUUCGACUUUGUGCAGAUUUUGGCUCUCGCGUCGGAGCUCGUCUCACACAUCUUUGUGCUUCUCUCGCUCACUGGCGGAACCGCACACCUGGGCGCCCUGCUGUUUUCGCUCUUCUCCGCCGUUCUUCCCAUGAUUCUUGAUCGCUAUGGCCUGGCCACAUCUCAGGCCGACAAUUCCUAUAGCCCACAGGAGGCAAAAACGGCGGAGCGUCAAGAGAAGCUGCGCAGCCUGGCAUAUAGCGACGUACACAGGUCCGAGAUACUGGUCUUUGGCCUGGGACCGUGGAUUCUCUCAUCUUGGUCUGCAGCCCGGCGGGCGAUGCUUACCGACGAGCGGUACUCUCUCACCAAGUCCAACCUUCCGGACAUGCUCAAGGAGAUGAACGUUUCUGACUUGCUGUUUGCGCUCCAAAACAUUCCACUUCUGUUGAUGUUCCAGUCAUCGUCUGUCUCUCUGGGCUCUCUUGCCCUUUAUCGGAGCUCCGUGCAAUCGGUGGUUUUCACGGUUGGAAACCUGCUCACCACCAUUCGCAUGGCUUUUCAGGGAGUUUUUCUGAUGGGCGCAUUUUGCGCUGCCAUGAAUAUUCAGCCCCGACUGGAUCCGCCAGACGAGGACGCUUUGAAAUAUCCGACCAAUAGCGGCGGGAUGAAACUGGAAGCCAGGCAUUUAUCGUAUACUUACCCCGGAAGCAAGGAUGCUUCGCUCAAGGACAUUAACUUUACGCUAAAUGCCGGCGAGAGCCUCGCGAUCGUGGGCUACAAUGGUUCAGGGAAAUCCACGCUUGCAAAAGUGCUCUUGCGGACCAUCGACUUUGACACCGGCGAACUCCUGGUGAACGGGGUGGACAUACGGCGUCUGCCGCCGCGCGACUACCAUAGACGCAUUUCCACCGUCUUUCAAGGUUUUUCGAAAUUCAAUUCGACUGUCAAGGAGAAUGUGGGGCUGGGGUACGUGCAGAAGCUGAGUUCACACGCCGCGAUCGAGCGCGCUAUCCGCCUGGGCGGCGCAGACUCGUUCGUAGGCUCGUUGCCCAGCGGCAUCAAGACCAAGCUCGACGCGACGGGGUUCGACUAUCCAUCGUGCGCGGGCAUGAACGCUAUGGUCCCCAGCGGAUUCUCUUCCGCUUCGUCCAACAAGAUUCCCCACGGCCUUUCGGGUGGCGAGUGGCAAAGAAUAGCGGUCUCACGUGCGUUUAUGCGUGCGGAGCGUCCAGAGGUCGAUCUGCUUCUUUUUGAUGAGCCGACAUCUUCCCUCGACAGCCACGCACAGAACAAGGUGUUUGACACCAUCGAUGACGUCUCGCGCUCGUCCGCUGGCAAGCGCACUAAAACGGUGGUCUUCAUCACCCACCGCCUGUCCACGGCCAGACGGGCCGACAAGAUCGCGAUGAUGGAGCGCGGUACCAUCACAGAGUUCGGCUCUCACGAGGAGUUGCUCAAACGAGACGGCUCGUAUGCCGCGCUCUACCGGGCGUCGGUCUGACCUAGAUAGGAAGCCUGAAGGCCUGAUCAGCAGCGAACUUUACAUGCAUAUACAUCCCGUCGUAAUUUGUAUUACCUUUAUGCUUAAGCUAGACGCAUAAGGAUCACACAUAGUGUACUGUACUGCCAACACGCCACUCCCCUUGCAUCCCUUUUUUAUUCAAUAAACAUAAUGUGCCUGUCACCAUUGC